GGAUUUGCUCGUGCGGGUGCUUCGUUAUUCAACGAACUCAGGAACGCAGUCUUCUCACGAGUGGCACAGCACAGUGUUCGUAGUAUAGCGCGUGUUAUAUUCCUGCAUUUGCAUUCACUCGAUUUAUCGUUUCAUUUGAAUCGUCAAACUGGUGGCUUAUCGAAGGCGAUCGAUCGUGGUACGCGUGGUAUGGCUUUCGUCUUAAGUGCACUUGUCUUCAAUGUUGUUCCAACUGCCGUUGAAGUAUCCAUGGUCACAGCCAUUUUUUAUUCGAAAUGUGGUGCAGAAUUUGCAUGGGCAACAUUGGCGUGCCUGUCCACUUAUACAGUAGCAACAUUGGGUAUUACGAGAUGGCGAACGAAAUUCAGACAUGAAAUGAAUAUCGCCGAUAAUGAGGCUGGUAAUAGGGCAAUUGAUUCGUUGAUCAAUUAUGAGACAGUCAAGAGAGUUAUCGUCAGUAAUGUACGUAAUAUUAACGAUAGCAGUAAUGAAGAGAACUUUUAUUUAGUAUUUCAACAAUGA